ACUCUCUUUUUUCUCAUGAGCCUUUGGCUCUAUAAAUUGGAUGGAGACCCUUCCUCGUCAACCUUCUUUCCAACGAACCAAACACUUUCCCUCUCCCCCCUAAUUUUCCCUUCCAUUUUUCCAACCAGCAGCUAACUUCUUCACUCAGACUCAGAAGGUUUUACGUCGUCGUUUUAAACCGAGGAGAAAAUGAAUCACUGUGCGAUGCAGCAGGGCAGUGCUCUCUCAGCAUGCGAAGACAUGAGGUCUUGCUCCAGAGACUCCGUCGUCUGCCCCAAACCUCGCCGCCUCGGCCUCCUCAACGAUCCCGUCAGAUCUUUCCGGUGGCAUUUCGGCCACCAGGCGGAGUUCUGUGAUUCAAAAGCUGGGUCUGACAUUUUAGACAAUAUUCUCACUAAGGGUUCUUUUGGUGUUGAACAAUUUUCGUGUACAGAAAUGGCCUCGCAGCACCCAUUUUAUAGCGGGUCGCCGCCAAGCAGAGUAGCUAACCCAUUAAUUCAGGACGCUCGAUUUGGGGAUGAGCAGCUCAUCUCGUCCUCAUCGCUGUCGCCACAACCUGUCCCGUCAGGUCAAUCAUCGUCUCCUUCCUCGUCCGCGAGGAAAGGAGGCUGUGUUCGGACCAAUUUUGGGAGCAAACCGGCAGUGAGAGUUGAGGGGUUUGAUUGCCGGGACAGGGAUCGGAGGAACUGCAGCAUCCCUACCCUGGCAUAAAGAGCCCGAUUCAAUCAACGAAGGUACAUAGGAGAAAAUCGAGCUUAAGUUUUCUAUACUUGAUAGCAUUGAGAGGAAAUUUUGAAAUUCUCGGAGAGUGAAGGAAGUAGAUCCUUCUGUCUAGUGUACAUAUGUUCGAGGGAUUUGUGUAAAUGAAAUGUGUUGUGUAAGUAAAUAACGAGCGGGGUUCGGAUGUCUUAUUUAGGAGAGGGCUCAGAGGGGGUGUGGCAUUGAGUAGAGAACAGAUUCUGUUUGUGUUUUCUACAACACCACCCCUUGUAUUGUAAAAAUUGAGAGCCCAUUGUGGAAAAGUUUUCAUUGUGUCUCCAUUUAGGUGUUUCGGAGUUUCAGCGAGCGGCUUAUGAAGCGAAUCUGUACAAGUUGAAGUUGCUGUUGGGUCGAUCCGAACAGUCAUUUACAGUGUAAAUAUACCAUUUGUGUUUCUGUUA